AUAGUGCGGUACUUCGGAGACUUCCCUGGCAAGUUAUCUUUUACAGCAAUCGCAGCGUGUUUAUCAGGAUAAGAUGAGAGGGGUGCGAUAGUCACUGAACGCCGAUACAUAUUUACCGCAGGCUGGACUAAUCAGUGGAGUUAUUGGAACAGUUAUUAGAGGGGUGCGUUCGUGUACACUUCUCCGGCGUUACUGGAAGGGUGCGUUCGUUUACACUUCCAAACAUUUUUUUCCUCCACCGGUGGUAGGGUUGUGCAGCUUCCUUCUCCUUCGGGACACGCCCACCUACGGGAGGCUACUACAUAGUAAACGGAAUUUGUCGUUACGAGGGUUGAUUGAUCACAUAGCUGCUAUUGUUUUGACAGACCAGAGUGCAGGAUUUAGUGACACCCUUCACAAUCGCUGCGUGUGUGUGACAACAGUAACAUCUUUUCGGAGUACCACAUAUACUUUGCAAAGUUGUUUUCUUUUAUAGCCGUUCGGAGUACCUUUUGUUCAUCGAGAAAGAAAGUGUUUAAAAUUUUCCUGGAAUAUACAGUGUUACACAACAAUCAUAUCACGCCAUAUACACUGGAAACAGUUUGGGCUUAGUGCGUUCCCCCGACCAUGAGGAGAUCUGGUGUGUACAUUGUUAACGAACCCGCCGAAGACCCGCCCAGUACCGAAAACGGGGGACCUGAUCACGUGUAUCUGAACAAAAUGACGGAAGAUGGCGAGAACGGAAUGGGAGAGGAAAUGAUGAACGAUACCGUCGGAAAUCCGGUUGAGGCGUCCACACCCACACCAAAGAAAUCCAAAAGGGUCCGACUACCCUCUGUGUACAGAUCGUCCCUGGUGAAGCUGUUAUGUGGACUGUACGCGUUGUUAAUAGUGGUUCUCGGAAUAGUAUUUUCUACGGCCACGUCACUUACCGCCAGGGAGCGGCAUCACCAGUUCUACCUCGAGGUAUUUCUGGUGUACUUAUAUGUGUUCUCACUGGGGAUGUUGAUAUAUUUCCAACUUGGUCUCUUAAGCGGGAUCAAGGUCAAGAACAAUUAUUAUGAACCCAACAUCCGGAUAUCAGUGCGCAAUGACGGAAGUAUCCAUAAGUCGCCGACGGCAUCGCCGUAUCCGACGCGCGCAGCCGACGCUGGCGCGAACAGCUCGGAGGAAGUUCAGCCUCUGGACCAGAGCAAGGCGGAACAAGUUUCCGUGGGAAGCUAUCACAGUCACAUGGAACUUCCCUCCCCAGGGGGUGUGGCACAUGCCGGAGAGGGGAUUAACUUCUACCUCAGACUAGGCGCCCUGGCAUUCGCCUGUGGCAGUGUCAUCCUGGAUGGAUUUCACAUCGCCACCUACUUUGAGACGCAGACGACAGAGGAAUGUAAAAGUCCCAUCUUCAUCUUUGUCUACGUUAUGCAUCUCCUCUUCACCUUCGUCCAGACGUUUUUCCUAUUCAAAAACCACAAGUUGGUGAUUGACAAGGCAAAGCCACUGGUUCGUUUUGGCAUGAUGCAUCUAAUGGCCACCAAUCUGUGCGUUGUCAUCGUUACUGCAAUCACUGAAACAGCCGAAGAUUACCGUCAGGAUUACUUUAACAACUUGUUGAAAUACCAAGCACUCAACAAUAUCACACCAAAAGACAAUUUGACCGGAAGUUGCUACCGACAGGAGACUCUUGCCCGAUCUGCUUCUCCAUACCUCUUCCCCAGCCUGAUCAUUUACAGUAUUAUCGCGGCUGGUAUCAUCUACCGUCUCUAUCAGUACAUCGGCGUGAGGAUCAAGCAGAGGUGGCCCAGUCACACCUCUCUGACCAGCUCUGUGCCGGCAGGAGCCGCUGCGAUCGACUGUGAAAAGGCCAACAAGGGGCUGUUCUUAGGCCUCCUGGUGGCCGUCCUCACUCUCAUCGCCAUGGCAAUCUUCUUUGUGUUCGACACGAGAGUGGAAUCUCCUGACACGGCCAUUAAAGUCUUCUUCACUACCGAAAUCAUCCUUAUGGUCAUCACGAGUGUCGGCAUCCUCUGGGGAUAUAUGCGUCUGUCCAUUCUGAAGUUCCUCAAGGCCAUCUUCUUCUCUGUUGAUUCGGUCUUAUUGCUGGUUGCGUUGGCAGGGUCCUAUAUCUACCUGUGUUUUACUCUUAUUUCUGUCUUCUCCUACUGCUCGGAAACGGGGACGGAGACGAUCAAGGGUAUUCUAAGUCUUGUCACGAUCGCCCUAGCCCUCUGUCAGAUCACUCUGCAGACCGUGUUCAUCCUCGACGGUCUUUGUCGAUGUGCAGAAAAUGAUGACCAGAUGAUGGCUAAGCCAGGUCGUGCUGUCGUCACCUUCCUUCUCAUCUGUAAUCUGGCUAUGUGGAUCGUCAGCAUGUUCGAGAUGAAGAAAACCAAGGUGGUUGAAAUGCAUGAAAAUUUCUACGGAAUUUUGGCAUGGAAUAUCAUCAACCACCUCUGUGUUCCUCUCCUUAUCUUCUUUAGAUUUCAUUCAGCAAUUUGUCUGUCCAAAAUAUGGUACAAUGCCUACCAGAAGGAGAAGAUGCCUUAAAAAUAUUUUAAGAUGUUAAACCUGGGAUUAUUUAUAUAAUCCUCGACUUGUUAGAAAAUCAGGCAGCUUUACAACUGUUGAUGGGAAUAUCUCUAACAAACCUCUUGUGUUGAGGUGGUGGAAAAUAUUUCCAAAAACCAGGGAUCAAAUUCAAUUGUGGAUUUCAUAUUCCCCAACUGCCUUAUGAAAUUAAACCUUAACGCGGAGUACACUUGUAUUUUUGUCGAGGUAUAUGGACAGAUUUGUAUGGAAAAAAUGAAAGUUUUGACAUUUUACUGUGCUCGUGUACCUCUUGACACGUGAUUAUAUCAAGUAAUAUUUUAUGUUACACUUGUCUGCCAUGUCGGUGUGGUGCCCGUUACGACCAAGGGGCUGCAACGAUGUCAGUUCUGCAAUGCUCAACAAUUCUGGAUGUGUUUAUGUUAUUGUCAUAUAUAUGGACGGACUGUUUCAACAGGUACCUUUAGGCAAAAUGGAUUAUUGCGAGGCAUAUCAGAGGAUGGUGAACAAUGCAAGAUUGGAAAAAUGAAAUAGGAGCUACAAAUUGCAUUGCAGAUGUUCGUUUGGAGAUGGAUUAAACCCGUAAAGAUGGAUUUUGUGCUGAUUUUGUGGGGAAAUGCAUUGAAAGUUCAUAGUUCAAUAUAUUGCAAUCGUCCUCCUGUUCAUGGAAAUGUACUACCAUACUAUUAUAUUGGAGUAUAUGCAUCAUUCUCAAUUUGCAUAUAGCACUGCUCUCAUUCUGAAAGGAUUACUUAUGACGUCAUGAACGUACAUCGAUAAUAACGCGUGUGUUGACUUAAUGCAAAGCAUUAUGGCUUCAACGAUAUGUCGACAAUAUCGGUAAUGUCAAAGAAGUGUCAUCACAAUAUUGACACUGAAUGUCAACAUAGGAUAUUUGGUCAAUACAGUGACAACAAUUUAUCUUUUUUUCAAUGUGUCAGUAUCUGAAAGUCAAAAAUACAAAGGUAUUCAAGACAAUGAAGCAUUGUCAGCAUGGUGCUUACAGCAAUUUUGACAUCGUUUCGACAACGGAAUGUGUAUUUGCUGACAGGAUAUUGACGUAUUGAUGAAAUUGUGUUUACCCAGUUCUAACUAUGUCAACACUAUUCCGUCUUUGCAUAUUGCAGAGUUAUCUUCUCUUGGGAACAGGUAUUGAUUGUUA